UAUUAUAUACAUUAUUCACAAACAAACAAAUGUUCAAGGAUAUAUUGGGUUUGAUGAAAUUCAAGGAAUGAUUGGCGAUCAGAAGUUUAACGUACUGAAUAUUUUCGUCUAUUUUAAGUGUCUUCUUUUGGUAAACAAUGGAGAGAGCAACUGUAAAUGUAUAAUCUAAAUAAUAACGUAGAUACAACAUUUUGUGUUUACAGAGAUAGAAUUAUUCAUAUUUUUUAAAGUCCUGCCAGCAAAUAUGGACAGGCUGUUAGUGAUUUUAAUAUUAUUUGUACUUACAGACCAAAGUGUGAUACCACCGAGGAAGCUAAAUUACCAAAAUGAUAUUGCACCAUUUAAGACUUGUAUGAAGAAGUGUAUCAUUGAGGAGUCAUCGUUCAUAACGAACAAAACAUUCACUAAACAAACAAUGAUGCAAAGAAGUUAUGACGGUGUUAUUUUAAUUAAGUAUGCGGGUACAAACGAAACGAAAUGUAUCAAAUGUGUCACAUACAUAUCAUCUAGAAACAGAUUUCCAAAUGCAGCAGAUGGUAGACAUGUGAAACAAACGGUGAACUUAAUGAUAAAUGAGGGAAAUCCUUGCAAACCGGGCAACAAUCAUAUUUGCAACUUCUUGAUUCAUUUGGAAACACCAACUGCACUGUCAAAUACUUUGCAUGAUACAAUUGAAUCUAAAGCCCUGUCUUAUUUGCUUGAAAGAACAAAUGGGUAUCCUUCACAGAAAUGUCGUUUUGUGUCACCGAACAUACAGUAUGAAAUUAAAGUAACACUAACAUUUCAAACUGAUUAUGAGAAUUAUGCUUACGAAUGCACCAGUAUAGCAUCAAAAUACAACGAGCAACGUCACAAGUCAACAUAUAAGCAACAUGAUAAAGCCCAUACAGAUAUCAAAAUACCACAAAUAGAUCUCCGUGUGGAAGACAUUGUAGAUGAUAACAAAGAUGAAAAGGAUGAUUCGACAUAUAUAUCAUAUAUGAGAGGACUUAUUAUUUUUAUUGCUCCUUUCAAUGUUUUAGUCUUUGUGAUAUAUAUUUGCAUAUGUUUUAGUAGAGAAAAUUCCAAAAAGAAAGUCAAUAUUUUGAAAGCCCAUGGCUCAGUACAUGGAACAAAGGUACAAAGUAAGGUAGAGGGAUUCCUAUCAAAAAACAAGUACGAACCAGUAAUUAUAACCGGCGAUAAAGGUGAUAAAACACAACUCGAAAAUCAAACUAUAGUCUUGUGUAUUAACGAUUCCAGACUUAAAGAUGAUAUCGAUAAUGUAUUGCAUAAAGUAAAGGAUUAUUGCAAAGAUAACAUCAUCGUGAUUGUUAUUCAUUUUAAACAAAAUGAUUAUUUUGAGUAUGGAGAUUCUGAAAAGAAAGUAAAGGGACUUGUCGCCAAGAUAAUAGAUUGGGAUAUGCGAAGUGAUCCUGUCUUUGAUAACAAACUAACAUUGUCUGAUCUACAAGUUUUUCUGAAAAGUACGUUUGAAACAAAGCAAUGUUGUACAAAACCGAAAUGUUGUAAAACAUUAAACAGUUGUAAUAAGUCAAAAAAGACAGGCCCAUGCGAGUGUUAAUGUUCAGAUAAGAAGUAAAAAUAAAAGAUACAUUUUGAAUAUUUUGUUCAAUAUUUUACAAUUAAGCAAUAAUUCAUGGGACCAUCGGAAAUGUCUAUAAAUAUCGUUUAGAUUUAAUCGGUCACGCCCAAUUCCCCAAGAGAGAGGAGCAGUCUUUUUAUAAUUCGGAUAGUUUUUAUAUUAUUUUAGACACAUUUUGUAUUAUCAAUAACUGGCAAUAAACCAUUUUAAAAGACAA